AUGGAAAAAAAAAAAAGAAAGAAAAAAAAGGAGCACACCUUCCUCCUUCUUCAUACCUUAAGUUAUUUUGCACUAGAACAACUCCUUGAUCAUGUGGAUGACCAGGCAGAUGGUCCACGUGAAUAUACCUUAAUAAAGGAACGCAAACAACCAAGAUCUGUUCCAAAGGGUAGGAUAAGGGAAGGUCCCCGCUGCCGUGUGGAUCGCCGCACGAUUAUUGAUAUUCAUUUAGAAGUCUUAGACGAAUGUCAAAAGGGGGACACACUAUCGGUUCAGAACGACUUUUUUGAAAUUUUGGUUCAAGAAUUUAUGGGAACCAAGUUUAUGGAAGAAGAGAACGUUCCUAAGGAAGAUGUUCCUAAGGAAAACGUUCCAAAUUCAGAUUCCGGGUUUAGGGAGGAAGGCUUUGUUCCUAAAGGGGAUGUUACAAGUUCAGAUUCCUGGUUUAGGGAGGAAGACUUUCUUCCGAAGGAAUAG